AUGCGCGCUUUCCUUUCGCUCUUGUCUUUGUGUUUCCUCUCCCUUCUGGAUUCUUCUUUGGCCGUCCCCAUUCUUGAGGCACGCCAAAGCGUUUCCACCCUUACCGCUGCCCAAGUCGCCAGCUACAAGCCCUACACUCACUACGCUGGUGCUGCGUAUUGUUCACCAUCCAGAACCCGGGCUUGGAACUGCGGUAGGAAUUGCGAUGCCCGACCUCAGUUCACCCCCAUCGCUUCCGGUGGCGAUGGUGCCAUCACCCAGUAUUGGUAUGUUGGUUACGACUCCGCCCUGAGGACCGUCGUCGUUGCGUACCAGGGAACUGAUCCAGACAAAUUCUUCCCGCUCCUCACCAACGCGAACUUCGACUUGAAGCCAUUGAGCUCUUCUCUUUUCCCCGGCGUGUCUUCUUCAGUGAGGACGCAUGAUGGUUUCGGAGACGCCCACGCCAGGUCUGCCAACGCUGUCUUGUCUGCCGUCCGCACCGGUCUAUCGCAAUACGGUACGAACAGUGUUACUCUCGUUGGCCACUCCCUUGGCGGUGCCCUCGCGACCAUUGCUACCCUUCACUUGUCUGUCAACCUUCCCUCGAGCACCACCUUCCGCACUGUCACCUAUGGAAUGCCCCGAGUCGGAAACGAAGCCUUCGUCAACCUUGUUAACUCCAAGUCAGUGAUGAAUCGUAUCAACAACAAGGAUGACCUGAUCCCAAUUGUCCCGGGCCGAUUCCUUGGCUUUGCGCACACAGAGGGCGAAAUCCAUAUCGUCAACAACGGAAACUGGGUCAACUGCCCCGGCCAGGACAACACCAACUCUCAGUGCACCAUCGGCUAUGUCCCCAACAUCUUCUCUGGGAACCUCAACGACCAUGGCGGUCCCUUCGAUGGUGUCAACACCUCGUGUUAA